AAAAAAAGAAGUAUAUCCCAAACCAUGAAAACUUUUCAAUAUGGUUUCUUAUUAUGCAUACUCGCUUUUGUUGUGUUACCGAGAUUGACUUUAGGUCUUCAUACCCACCUUCAUCAUUUAGAGACAUUAUCUGACCUUCAAGUCGAAAUAGCACCUAGAACGCACCAUUUUUUCGAGAAAAGACAACAAUCUGCCAAUAGAGAACUUGAGCCGAAAAAAAUAGCCUUUGAUGACCAUCUUCAUAUUUCAAUCAAUGCAUAUAACCAGACACUUUAUCUUCAUCUUGAACCCAAUAUAGACUUAUUCCAUCCCGAAGCCACUGUGAUCAUCGACGGACAACAUCAAAAGAUACAUCAACAACCUUACCAUCAAAGGCCACUUGUUUAUAAAGGUGUGGUCUUGACUCCAACUUCUAAUCACAGCCUCGGUUGGGCUAGAGUUCUGGUCCGAAAUGAUUUGAUGAUACAUGAACAAGACCAUCCUAUUAUCGAAGGAGCUUUCAAAUUAAACGGGGAUUUGUACCAUAUUAAAGCUACUACAAAUUAUAACCUCGUCAAACGAUCAGACGAUGUACCAGCCACACCAGGAAAAAUGGUUAUUUAUCGAGACUCAGAUACAUCACCUGUGCUUAAAAGAGAUGAUCAUCAGCACCAUCAAUGUGGAUUCGAUAAUAUGCUUCAUCCUGCUUUAUCAAGCUCAUCUUUAGUCAAGAGAGAUGAAAGUUUCUUCAGUCAAAAUACAUUCUCAGGAUGCCCAACUACCAGAAAAAUCAAUUAUAUGGGAGCAGCCGCUGAUUGUACCUAUGUUCAAUACUACAAGAACGUUAAUAAUGCUCGCAUUCAAAUCAUUAAUAACUUCAAUAUGGCUUCUGCUGUAUUUGAAGACACAUUUAAUGUUUCGCUUGGACUGAUCAAUAUCACCAUCAUGGACACUUCUUGUCCUAGCAAAGUGGAUCCAGAAAUAGCUUGGAACCGCGCCUGUGAUGCUACUUAUGCAUUAAAUAAUCGUCUAAGUGACUUUAGUCGCUGGAGAUCCAAAAUGAAAAACGAUGGUGCCGGUCUUUGGCAUUUAAUGACAGAUUGCCCAACGGGUGUAGAGGUUGGACUUGCUUGGCUAAGACAAUUGUGUAACUCGGGUUCAGAACUACAGAUGACAGUGGAUGGUAAAGAACAAUAUGUAUCUGGUGCUGGCGUCUCUGCUGUCACUCGAGAUGAAUGGAAAGUAGUGGCUCAUGAAAUUGGCCAUGGCUUUGGUGCUAUUCAUGAUUGCUCGGCUGCUGAUUGUCCUUGCGAAGGUGCUGACUGUCAAUGCUGUCAAUUAGAUGGAGACCAGUGUCAAACAACAGGAUACUUGAUGAGUGCCAUUAGCAAUAGUUCAGCUGAAAGUUUUAGUCCUUGUUCAGUCAAGACUAUUUGUCGUGCUUUUCCUUCUGUCGCUACUUGCUUAUACGAUCCAGAACAACAGAAGCGUCCUGUUUAUACACUCAAUAGUUGUGGCAAUGGUAUUAAAGAAGAAGAUGAAGAAUGCGACACAGGUGGAGAAGACACACCUUGUUGUGAUGCCAAGACAUGCAAAUUCAAAAAAGAUGCUGUGUGCGAGGAUAAGACAGAUGGUUGUUGUCAUAACUGCCAAAUUCGACCCAAGACCCACAUGUGUCGAGCUGCUGCCACACCUUGUGAUGUGUCUGAAUACUGUACGGGCGAUUCUCCCAUAUGUCCAACUGACCGCUAUUUACGCGAUGGUACAAUCUGUGGUCUGAAUGGACUCAAAUGUGCUUCAGGACAAUGUACUUCUCGAGACGAACAAUGUCUUUCUCGAGGAUUUGUCAUGAAUAUCACUCAAUCCUGUCGAACCAACAAUGAAGAAUGUAAAUUACUGUGCAACUCACCUGACAGUGACAAAUGCCUUAUCUUCAGUGGUAAUUUCAUUGAUGGAACACCUUGUGGGUUUGGAGGAAGAUGUCAUGACGGCGAGUGUCGUAACGGAGGUGCUGUUGGUAGUAGUCUUUUAUAUCUGCGAGAACAUCUUCAAGUGGCUAUUCCUGUGAUGCUUGUUCUGUUCAUGAUCUUAUGUGCUGUUGGCUAUCUCUUGUUUUGUUAUGGAUGUUGGAGAUGCCCAGGAUAUAAGGAACGUCAAAGAAAACGAGAGUAUUACAGCAGUGAACUUCAACCACCUACAACAGGAUUGUUUGGUAAAAGGAGUAUUAAUAUUCUUUCCCGGCUUAGUUUCUCAGCGUAUCUGUACCGUGAUUCUGUUGCACCUCGAUUGCUCUUGAGUAAAGAAAAACAAUCAUUAGAGGUUCAUUCGCCACCUUUACCACCUACUUACCAUGUACCAGAAAAUAUCAAUCAUCAUCAUCAUUCACCAUCUCCCAGCCCUGUAUUAACAGCUUCUUCAAGUUAUACGAUUACUAUGGACGAAAAACUUGUUAAGAAUGAAUAAUGUAAAUAAUAUCAUGAAUACCAAAGACA